CCUUGCGACCGUUAGGCUGACAGACGUUGGUAAUUUAACUACAGACAGUGGCGGUGGCUUCCGCACAUCCAGAACGUUGCUCUUUGUUACCCGUCAUCCAUCAGAACAAACUUCCUUCACUAUAAUGUGGAGCAGAGGUGGAGCGGCCCCCGGGGGUAAUUUGUCACACUGCAUAUAUAACAGCGGGGUCCAAAAAAAUGAAUGGUGCCCGUGUGCUGCGGCUGUCAGUCGACUCAUUUAAAUCCAGGUGCUGCCUCAGCAGCUGUGAGCAGAGGAGAGCAGGAGAUAGGUUUCAUAGAUCUGCAGGAUUGCUUAUGACUGCACUUGUGAGAACAGAUGGGAAGUCAGGCUAUAUUUGACAAAGCACUCUGCUAACAUGCCCUCUGGUCUGUUAGCAGGAGCGGUUCUGCUCUCGCUCUCUCUUUCUCUGUGCCUUUGCCAGAACUGAUGAGGAAACUUUUCCUUUUGUGUGAACUCAAAACAAUAGACCGGGAGGAGAAUGACCACUAGGUUUUAAUUUGGAGGAUUUCUUGCCCUUUAACGCAUCAGACCAGGACAUUUGUUUCUUCAGAGAGUUCCCCAGUUAAGGUCUGCACUGCAGGUGAAACUCACCCACAUGUUGACCUCCAUGACUGAUGUCUAAUGUUAGAUCUUCCACAAACUAGUUCAAACCUGUAUGUGGCCUUUAACAGGAACAAUACAAACUGACCAUAAGAUCGAUCUGAGAAGUUUUUAAAGUUCCUUCAGAGGUCACCAGAGUAGAUCGUCAACUUUUCUGGGUUCUGCUCAUUUCUCCUUCUGUCCAGCCAGGUCACAAAGUCCCAGCAUCUUGUACUCUGACCUUCUAGCCCACGUUCUCAUACCAAACAUCACGGACCAUCCAGCAUGUUAGAUUGGACCAAUGAGGAUCUGCAUAUGUUGCAAAAACCAAACUGCUAAAUGUCUUGGCAAAGGAAAUCCUCAGAGAUAUUUAUAACUUUAAGAUAAAAUGGACAUCACUCAACAUAAUCCAACUUUGCACAUUUUUUCCCCUCUAGCUCUGACCAGUGUUGGUGUGUGAAGCAGUGAGAGACUCGGUCUCUGAGGUCUGACACCAUCCAUUGCCUCUGACAGAAUCAAAGACCUGGGCUCUGCUCUUAUUGGGCCUGUGGCAAACAGAUAGAGAUAAAGAGAAAAGCUGCAGAGGGACCCUGAGAUAAAUCACCACUCGGGCUCUGUGUGUGUGUGUGUGUGUGUGUGCGUGUGCGCUUUACUCUCUGUCCUUUUGACUUAACAUUCAUUCGCUGGUGUAUAUGUUAUCCAACCAACCAGUGUUGACUAAUGGCUGUGCAGUGGCUGAAUGUUUAUCAUACAGGACUAACACACACUCUCAGCUCGUGUGUCUGUGUCUGUUUCUUCAUUUUCCUCUGUGGUUUCCUGUGAACGAUGCCCUUAUUAAACAUGCUGCUGACUGGCAGGUGAGUGAAGAAUGGCUAGGGUGAAUGUGUGUGUGUGUGUGUGUGUGUGUGUGAUAGGGCCAGCUGUUGCUCAGCACCAUGGCUGGAUGAGCAGAGAUAAUUGCAGGUAGCUGCCUGUUUCCACCUCGUCUUAAUGUGAAUCUGUGGCAUAAUGGAAAGUGCUCUUUUCACAGAGGAGGGCGACGGAAAGGUGAGAGGAGGAAAUUAACGCUGCAGUGAAAGAGUCCGGGAAGAGGUUCCAGUGGAGCCAGGUUGAGUUAAGAUGUCAAGUCUUCUGCCUGAAUUUGUUCCUUCACUGUACCUGCAGGUUUCCAGAUCGUAGCUUUGCUGUGGAGCGUGCGUUUCUGCUCACUGAAGUCUCCUGUUCUCUCCGUGAUCAAUGGCUUCUUUCUGGAAGCAAGUGCAUAACAAUCAGCCGACACGUCGCAACACGAUGUUCACCCGAGGCUUGGAGGCUAAUUACCACAGACAUUGAUUUGCACCUCCAGAUACCUCUGCCAAGUGUGAGCGGGAGGAAGAGGAAGAAGAAAAAAGAAAGAGGGAAUGAAGGUGUGACCGGAGUUCACAACCAGGAGCCGUUCAUUACUGGAGCACAGGUUGGGCUCCUUUACAUUUUCAGGCAAAAAAAAAAAGUUCACAUCUGUACAGUGUCUGUCAAGCUCUCUCUCUCUUUGUCUCUCUCUCUUUUCACACACAACAAAAAAGACAGAUUCAAUUCAGGGUGAACCAAAUAACUGAAGGCUCCAGAAACAGAUUACAUUGAACUGAUGCCUUCAUCAGGCUCCUGGCGACCGUCUGCCAGCCUUUCUUCCUUCUGCACCUCCUCCUCCUCCUCCUCCUCCUCUGUGAUGAAGGAAAGAGAAUCCAUUUCUCUCUGAGUGAAUGAAAAAUCAAUGACAGUGAGAUAGAUAUGUGUGAAAUGAGAUAUGAGCUUUGUCUCAGAGGAUCUGGACUGGGAUUGACAGCUGACUGACAGGGGUUAACUGCCAGGGAUGGACAGAGACAGACAGACCAACAGACUGACUGACUCACUGACUCACUGACUGACUAACUGACUGGCUGAAGCCCUGGACUUUAAAUAUUUAAUAAAACUAUGUUUAUGUCCAAAAAUAGUCUCACUAUGAGGAGUGAAUUCCCCGACUUUCUCUAUAUUCAAACAUUUGAGUUUUGGGAAGAAAUAGUUUUCUACAUUUAACGUACAUUUUACCACAUUCAUUUGUGAAGACUUUUUUGGUCCAAUUUUCCAAAACUGCACGACUUUGUCCCUGUGUUAAGCCCCCUUCAGAGUCCCUGCAGCAGGAGAACAUUCACAGUCUCACCACAGAUGGCGUCCCUCUCUCUUCUUCCUCCCCUGCUACACACUGUCUGAUUACCUUCUCCCCAAGAUCCUGCCUGGAGGAAGGAGUGAUCAGUGACUGUCACACAGAGAGUGAUUCCCUGACUGCAGGCCGUCUUCACCACAAGGGGUGCUGUUGUUGAUCUCUCUGACAUAUACAGGGAGAUAAAAUCCACCAGGGUCGGUCAGAAUUCUGCAGAGAAGGGAAUUGAAAUUGAAGGGAAUGUUUUGAGUUAAAAAAGAAGGAAUUGUCAGUAAUUAUUGUAUUUGCACAGUGGUGAUGGUGAGGUAAAUGUUAGUGUCCUGCAGACAGGAGUAGCUUCACAGCCUGCAGCAUGAAAAAUGCACUAAGACUGUUCAGAAAUCCAGCAGGUCUCCAAGUUCGAGCAUCCAGAGUCCCUUGUUUGUCCAGAGUUGUGCCCGGUUCUGUCACCCUUCGUCACGCCUGUCUUCACCCGGCUUCCUGGACGAGAUGCCUCUGAACCACGGAGCUUGACAUGUCAGGAUCCAACACUCAGGAGAGAGAGAGGGGAGGAGGAAAAGUGAUGAAGGCGCUUCUCGGCGGAUGGAGCUCCAUGAAAAGACCGGGCUGUGGUUCUCGGCUUCGGCUUUAACGUCUUCUUGACUGCGGUCAGGAGAGGGCGGAGUUCAGCCGGGAGUGAGAGGCUCCUUCACACCGAAACACAUGUAGAUACGCAUCCUACAAGUGGUGGAUGAAGGAAGAGAUGGUUUAGCUGAGCCUCAUCUUCCCACUUCUCUUACCGAGGCAGCCAGACGAGACGACGGUGUGAUUCCGCGCAGCUAUCUCCCCCCCCAAGAACCAUCUGUGGGCGCCGUGUGGAGGGAGAUAUGGCUGCACUCCGGCUGUCGCUGCUGCUCCAAGUGGGAUUUGUGAUCGGUGCCAGCCACAAAUACGCGAAAUUGUCCCCGGAAAGCGGGGAUGUGAGGACACACGAGGCGGUCCGCGGCGCUCAGACUCGCGCUCGGCAGCUGGCGCAACUCCGUGCGCCUCCUCAUCUUCAGCCUCAGCCUCAUCCUCUCUCCUCACCCGGGGAGACGGCGGAGCUGGCGCAGAAAAUCGAGGAGAGUCUUCCCCGGGUGGUGACGGCUUUCCUGCACACGGGGGACUCCACCACGCUGAAACACGCCAACUGUUCCCGCAGGUACGAGCUCACCUCUCUGCGGGGAAGGUCACAGCACGCAACCCCGCAUUUCUCCAUGAGCAGCGUGCUGGACACCGUGCUGCACGCCACAAACUUCCUCAACAUGAUCCUGCAGACCAACAGGUCCAGGGAGCAGAGUCUGCGGAGAGACAUCGAGUGGUAUCACGCCCUGGUCCGGAGUAUCUUGGAGGGAGACGCCAAGAUCCACCGGGCGAUCGUCACUUUUAGCUCGGAUUCGUCGGUGGCUGGGCCCUCGGUGCUGCUCCAAGCCACCAGAGCUGGUGGAGAGAUAGUCCUCCAGGACCUGUCCAACAUGGCACACCACUACCUCCACAACAGAACCGCAGACACAGAGUGGUACCACGAAGUUAAGGACAGGAAGAAGCCCACUUUCCACAAGAGGGUCCUGAGCCAGGACUUCACUUCAGUGGACAACUCUCUGAAGAGGGGAGAGAGUUUCAUUCCUGACAAAACCCACGUCAAAUGGUCUGCACCCUACCUGGAGUGUGAAAAUGGGAAUUUUGUUCCUCGCUGGCUUUUGACUUUAUCGGCCGCUUUCUAUGGACUGAGGAAGAACCUGGCUCCAGAGUUCAGGGGCGUAGUGAGAGUGGACGUUAAUCUACAGGAUGUUGAUAUCGACCAGUGCUCCACCGACGGCUGGUUUGCUGGAACCCAUCGAUGCAACCUGACCACCAUGGAGUGUUUACCCAUGCGUGGUCAUGGUUUCGUUCUGGACAAGUACAAGUGCCAGUGCAGGAAAGGAUUCUACCAUCCCAACAGACUGGCCGUCAACGGGUUCUCAAGGACUAACAGAAAAGUUAAAUCUGCGGACUUUGGCCCGAACGUGGACCAAGGAUCUUCUGGCGACUGUCUGCCCUGUCAGAAAGGCUGCGCCUACUGUAAAGACGACGCCCCCUGUGUGGUUGGAGAGGACGGCGUUCUUCGUCUGGCUGUUCUCUCCUUCCAGUGCCUCUGCGUGCUCAUCGUCUUCAUCAGCAUGGUGGUCAUCUACCAUUUCCGCAGGAAUAAGAGCAUCCGAGCGUCUGGUCUGGUCCUGCUGGAGGCCAUCCUCUGUGGAGCGCUGCUGCUUUACUUCCCGGUCGGGAUUCUUUAUUUCCACCCCAGUGUUUUCCGAUGCAUCCUGCUGCGAUGGGUCCGUCUGCUGGGUUUUGCUACAGUCUAUGGAACGCUGACGCUGAAGCUGUACAGAGUCCUGAAGGUGUUCCUGUCCAGGACGGCCCAGAGGAUUCCCUACAUGACCAGCUGGAGAGUGAUGCGCCUGCUGGGCAUCAUCCUCCUCAUCGUCUGCUGGUUCCUGGUGGCGUGGACGUCUGCCGUCUGUCAGAAUCCCGACAAGACGGUCGCUCUAAUCGACGUGGGCUACACCCCCGAUGGUCUGCAGUUCGGCAUGUGCCUGCUGGACCGCUGGGACUACAUGAUGGCUGUGGCUGAGUUCCUCUUCCUGCUGUGGGCGGUGUACCUGUGUUACGCCGUGAGGACGGUGCCGUCGGCGUUCCACGAGCCGCGCUACAUGGCCAUCGCCGUUCACAAUGAGCUCGUUUUGUCGGCCAUCUUUCAUGUCCUCAGGUUCACUCUGGCGUCGGAGCUCCAUCCAGACUGGAUGCUGCUGCUGUUCUUCACCCACACACACCUGACUGUGACAGUUACACUGGGACUCCUGCUCAUUCCCAAGUUCCUGUUUGCCGGCACCCACAUGAGGGACGACAUAGCCUCGGAGGCCUACGAAGACGAGCUGGACAUGGGUCGCUCUGGGUCCUACCUGAACAGUAGCAUCACCUCUGCAUGGAGUGAACACAGUUUGGACCCUGAGGACAUUCGGGAAGAGCUGAAGAAACUUUACUCCCAGUUGGAAAUUUACAAACGGAAGAAAAUGCUGGCAAACAACCCUCAUCUGCAGAAGAAGAGAAGCUCCAAGAAAGGCCUGGGUCGAUCGCUGAUGAGGCGCAUCACCGAGAUUCCCGAGUCGGUGCACCGUCAGUGCAGCCGUGAGGACAAGGAGGCCGGAGAACACGGCAGUAACCGGAACAGCAUUUGCAUGUUGAAAAAGAACCCUUUUGAUGUUCCUCACACUGGGAAACCAGCGAAGGAGGAGACGCUGAAGAACAAGGUCUUCUCCUUGAAGAAGUCCCACAGCAGCUAUGACCACGUCAGAGACCAAAACGAAGACUCCAGCAGUUCUACAACAGACAAGAUGGAGGUGACCUCAGCUGAAGGUUCCCUCCUGGAGACACUUAUGGGCAAGAAGCUGGUCAAAAAGAAGUCGAGUGAGAAUAUCAGUGCCCCGAGUGAAUCCACCGAGUCGGUUCCUCUGGUCUGCAAGUCAGCCAGCGCUCAUAACCUCACUGCCGACAAGAAGCCGAUUUAUCCCAGACCCUCCAUGCUGCAGAAGUCGCUCAGUGUCAUCGCCAGUGCCAAAGAGAAGACUCUGGGUUUGACGGGAAAAACCCCAAAUGCCGAGGACAACAACAAGAAGACUCAGUCAAAAGGCAAAGAACCAAACUCGGAGAACGAGAGUCAGUCGAAGACCUCGGUCAACCAGACAGUUGAGAGCAAACAGAAUUUGACAAAAGGUCGAAUCAUGAAACAGACAGUGAGCAGUAGUGAACCAACCAUCUAUUCUGAUCCCAUCAAGGGAAAUGACCUCUACGAUCUUUCCGAAGUGUGUCCCUGGGAAGUGGAAGACAUUCCAACUCCGUCUGAAAACAAGGUUCAGAAGCACGUCUCCAUAGCACCGGAGGAAACGACAACAGUCCACGGAGGAAGCACCAAGGCUGGGAAAACUCAGCAUCAAAAACACAAGACUUCCGAUGUCUCAACCGUGAGUAGCAGGAACUCAAAGGAAAUUCCGAGGACAACAGCUGUCCGAGCGGACAUUUGUCCGUGGGAGGAAGGAGGUGAGAAUAACGCUGCACAAGUAGAGAAGUCAAAGCAGCAAACAACGGGCCAGUUUUCAAAGCCUCCUCCCGCGACAGAAACCUCCAAAGCAUUCCGAGCAGAGAUUUGUCCAUGGGACUUUGAAGAAGCAAACAGGACGACAGAGUUGUCGCAGUUAACUGAGGUUUCAAAGCAAAAAAAAGGGUCUACUCCAGUGGAAGGGCGAAAUAAGAAUCCAUCAGUACCAGAUCCAUCUAAAACAUCCAGAUCUCUCCAACUUCAACCUUCAAAGUCUGAGGUAUGUCCCUGGGACUGUGACAGUGCCGCGGUUUCUUCAAACCUGGAAAGGACACCGAGUCCUUCUCAAGGUUCCAAAACCAAGGAAGAUCCCACGAAGAAGAAGGUCACUUCUUCCACAAGGACACUUGAAAAAGAAAAACCAAAAGACGCUGGCGACGAGAAGGGUAGAACAAAGGCUAAGGACAAGAGCAAAACUUCAGAGAAACAACUUCAACAGAAGUUGGCCGAGGUUUGUCCGUGGGACGUAAACACUCACCAGGAGCUGCCGUUGGUGGAGAAACGAAGAAGCGCCAACGUGGGAGCGGCCAAAGUCAAACAGGCUGAAGUCUGUCCGUGGGAUUUUGAAGACACUGCGGAUAAAAAAGGUCUGGACAAAAACGCUUCUGCUGUGAAGCAGAGCAGUUUGAAUCCCAAAGGUGGGACGACCGGUGCAGCCAAGAAGGCUGAUGUUUGUCCGUGGGACUUUGACGACAGCGCACCAGGCAAGAAGGCAUGACACCAGAAACCCUCAACGGACCAAUGACACCACAAUAAUAGUUACUGAUUUGGUUUUUUUCACUCUGGAACCGUUCAGAUGUUUUACUUUGACUAUUUGGUGGCGGUGACUUGGAUGAAAAGUUUGAUCAAAUUCCACAAGUUGCCUUCCUUUCCGAGGUUUCAUUCCUGUUUGUCCUGUUUUGAAAGUAAGUAAAAUGUAACAACAUUUUGAUGAAGAUUCCAGAUUAUUACAGGAAAAAAAAAACACUGAAGAUUAAUUGUAGACAAAAUUAUGCAACUUUUGAUUCAACAUUUUCACUUCAUGAGCAAUGAUUGAAAAAUCUGCAUUUGUCCUGUGCUCCACUCACCUCA